AUGAACAUCGAAGCAGACGAACAUCAACAGACGAACAUCGAAGCAGAGACGAACUAUCGAAGCAGACGAACAUCGAAGCAGACGAACAUCGAGGCAGACGAACAUCGAAGCAGACGAACAUCGAGGCAGACGAACAUCGAAGCAGACGAACAUCGAGGCAGACGAACAUCGAAGCAGACGAACAUCAGCGAAGCAGAAGCAGACGAACAUCGAAGCAGACGAACAUCGAGGGAAACAGACGAACAUCGAACAUCAAGGCAGACGAACAUCGAGGCAGACGAACAUCGAAGCAGACGAACAUCAGGGCAGACGAACAAGCAGACGAACAUAUCGAAGCAGACGAACAUCGGAAGCAGACGAACAUCGAAGCAGACGAACAUCGAGGCAGACGAACAUCGAGGCAGACGAACAUCGAAGCAGACGAACAUCGAAGCAGACGAACAUCGAGGCAGACGAACAUCGAAGCAGACGAACAUCGAAGCAGACGAACAUCGAGGCAGACGAACAUCGAAGAAAGUGAACAUUGAAGAGACGAACAUCGAAGCAGACGAACAUCGAAGCAGACGAACAUCGAGGCAGACGAACAUCGAAGCAGACAAACAUCGAGGCAGACGACAUCGAGGCAGACGAACAUCGGCAGACGAACAUCGAGGCAGACGAACAUCGAGGCAGACGAACAUCGAAGCAGGCGAACAUCGAAGCAGACGAACAUCGAAGCAGACGAACAUCGAACAGACGAGCAUCGAGGCAGACGAACAUCGAAGCAGACGAACAUCGAAGCAGGUGAACAUCGAAGCAGACGAACAUCGAAGCAGACGAACAUCGAAAAGACGAACAUCGAAGCAGGCGAACAUUGAAGCAGGCGAACAUCGCAGACGAACAUCGAUCGCACGAACGAAGACAUCGAAGCAGACGAACAUCGAAGCAGACGAACAUCGAAGAAGCGAAGAGACGAACAUCGAAGCAGACGAACAUCGAAGCAGGCGAACAUUGAAGCAGGCGAACAUUGAAGAGGCGAACAUUAAAGCAGACGAACAUCGAAGCAGACGAACAUCGAAGCAGGCGAACAUCGAAGCAGACGAACAUCGAAGCAGACAAACAUCGAAGCAGACGAACAUCGCGCAUUAA